CUGCGUUUGCAGUGAAACUCUCGCAGGAAGUGAAACCCAAAACUAUGAAACGGGAGUUGUUGAAAAAAGGUUUCUCACAGGUUCAUGGUUAUUUAAUUCGGAAGCUGUUGGGUUAGGACUAAAAAAGUUCUUCGGGGUGGCAAGACGGCCGACUUACAGAUAAAAUAUCAGUUGUGCCUAUAAUUGUUGAUAUCCGCCUUGCUUUUAUUUGUUACGACACAUGUAUCAGAGCUUCGCCCUAAAACCCAUUACUCAUUAAGAGGCCAUUCAGGAGUACAUCAUCGUUUUUUGACAUCAUGGCUGCUGAAAUUACUACUGCUGACGUUUAUGAAGAUGCUUCUCUGAUCGGACAAGACAUCGAGAAAAUUAUCGACCGUUUUGGGCACGACGCAGUGAUGGAUUUGAUGCCCAAAGUCAUUCGAGUGUUAGAGAAACUGGAGAUCGUUGUUGGGGAAAAGGAAAAGGAUAAAUUGGAAAUUGCGGAGCUGAAACUUGAAAAUGAACGGCUUUACUUGGAUAUAAAGCGAGAAGCGAGCCAGCGGAGAAAAUUAGACGAAGAGCUUUAUCAAAUAUCUGCAACAGGAGAAACAGACAACCUAAAAGCCAUGUUAAUAAAACUACAAGAAGAAAACAAGAAAUUGAGAAUGGAGUUUCAAGUAUCAAUUAAUACUCAACCAGCAACGGCAUACAUUAGUGCACCUGGGGACGCAGAAUUGAUGCAAAAAAUGAAAGAGACGAUCGACAAUCAGAGAGACGCCAUACGAAGUAAAAACAUGGAGAUCGACAGCUUAAGAAACGACCUUGAUGCGGUAGAGGAACAAAUAGUAAGGCUGACUAACAUUAACGAAGGUGUCAGAAAAACUCUGGGUGCCAGUAAGGACCGAAUACACGAUUUGGCGAAAGAGAAAGCAGAGCUUCAAACAGAGCUGCGAGCACUUAGACUCAAGGCCGAAUCUCAGGCAGAGAGCGACGAAAGCGACAUGGGCGAGGAAGCUGAAAGUGUGGAACAAUUUAUGAACGGCCACAGUCAACAGCCGCUCGAAAAUCAUGGUACAGAGAACGGGAAAGACAGGGAAGAUAAAGCUGAAGAUACAAUGAAAACUUUCAACGGAAAUUCCGAAACCGUAGAAUUCAGCACAGAAGUCCCUCCUCCAAAACCACCGCGUCUUGUAAUUGAGGAAGAAGGUAGAGAAGAGGAAGACAAGUGUAAUAAUAACGAAAAGGGAAGUCCUCAUGAUAAAAUGGAGCCGAAAGGGCAGAUUGAAAGGAAAGAGGUGCAAGUGCUUGUGAAACAAAUUGGAGAUGAUGGAGAAGAGAUUGGGGACAAUGAAUGGGAAUUUGUUGGUCGAACGUCGAAGGAAGUGCAAAUCAGAGAAACGUCGAAGGAAGGAGAUACGGAAAAGAAAGACAGCCAGUCACGAGCAGAAAACGGAAAUAAAGAUCCAAACAGACCACGUUACACAAAAGCAGAGAUGCUGGAGGUUUUAACAGAAAGGAACAACUUAAAAGAACAGGUGUUUGCGCUGCAGGAUGAGUUGAAAAUAUACAAACCCGGGUAUACUGAGGAAGAAACAUACGAUUACUCAAGUAAUAACACGUCACCCAGGAGAGCGUCAAGGCGUGAGGAAUCGGGGAUAUCAAGAAUCUUCAGCAUCUUUACUAGAAAAGGAGACUAUUAACUGAUUAUUAAUUAGAAAGAAAUUACAAAUAACAAAUAAUGCUCCCUGUCAGCCAUAUGCUGAUGCAUGAUGGGAAUGCCAAUGAAUUGUAUCGUGUGCUGGGAGACUUCUACUAAUUGUUUCUUCAUGAGUAUUCAGAAAACUUGUUUUUUUUUUUUCAUCCCCAGCAGUCUGAGCGCGGAAAAACCAGAGUUGUUCGUGAAAACAUUAGGUAGUUACAGGAUCCCAUCAAGUGAUGGGCUCCUGGUAGUUACCGAUUAUUGUGCCCCCCUCCUCCUAAUCACAAAGUAGCACAAGCACAAGCUUAAAGUGCUACUGCGACGAAAUUUUUGCAUUUUAUUUUCCCAAUUUUCUGGUGUUAACUUCACAUUUAGACC